AUGUCUUCCAUUAAAGACGCUUUCGAGUCGAUUCUAGACGAUUUCAAAAAAGAUCUGACAAAGAAAGAAUUAGAUAAAUUCCAAUUUGCGACAUUGAAGUAAUUUGAGAAGGUAGCGUUAGAAAUACAGUAGGUACCUCUCGGUUUACAUCUUGCUUUUCAGGUUGUUUUACUCGAAUGAAAUGAUUUUUUCCCCGUGAGAGAUGGACUUUUCUUUCCCAGUUCGCCUCAAUCCUAUUUCUUAUGACUGAAUCUAGCAAGGCUGACUUUGAGGGGGCAAAGAAAGGACCAAGAGAACACUAA